AUGCGUGCCUGGUAUGGCCGAGGUCAAUCCCUUCAAAUUGCCGUGACAUCCUGCUGCCUUGCUGCUUUUGUCUUGUUUGGAUACGACCAGGGCUUGUUCAGCGGCAUUGUCAACAAUGAAAACUGGAAUAAGCAGUUUAACUACCCGGACGAUACAGAGGAGGGUGUUAUUGUUAGCUGCUAUAACUUGGGCUGUCUCCUAGGGUGUGUUGUCAACUUCUUCAUCGGCGAGAGCCUUGGCCGUCGCAGAACAAUCUGGCUGGCCAUGGGCGUGGUCAUUGUGGGCGCGACACUGCAAACCACUGCCUUCACUGUACCGCAUCUCAUUGUCGGGCGACUGGUGACGGGUGCUGGUACAGGCUUGAAGACAUCCACAGUUCCAAUGUACCAAGCAGAGAUGUGCGAAGGCAAAACGCGAGGACGACUAAUCUCAUCCGAAGUCCUCUUUACCGCCGUUGGCAUUGUCGUGGCCUACUGGUUCGAUUUUGGAAUGUCCUUCGUUGGGGGCCCCAUUUCUUGGCGGCUUCCAAUCGCAAUGCAGAUUGUUUUUGCCAUCUUUGUCAUUGUGCUCGUCUUCGGACUGCCGGAGUCUCCUCGCUGGCUCAUGAAUCAUGGUUAUGAGAAGGAAGCCAUGGACGUCUUGUGUGCCGUUUAUGACCGGGAGGAAGACGAUGAGUACAUUGUCAACGAGCGCAGAGCAAUCACAGCAGCUAUUGAGCUUGAGAAUGGUGCCAUGGAGAAGUCAAUUUGGACUAUAUUCCGCAACGACGAGGUCAAGACAGGCCAGCGCGUGCUUCUGGCUUGGGGCAUCCAGCUCAUGAACCAGGUUGGCGGGAUUAAUCUCGUGGUAUACUUUGUACCCGCUGUCCUGAAGAAUAACGUCGGGCUAAGUGGCCGGCUUUCUCAAAUUCUUGGCGGGUGCAUCCAAAUCAUGUUCAUGCUAGGCUCCCUCUUACCAGCUUUCAUGCUGGACAGAAUGGGACGUCGCAAGACGAUGAUGAUAGGAUCCUUCGGUCUGGGAGUGUGCAUGCUUCUCGUCGCAGCUCUCCUAUCGCAGGUACAUGAGCCAAAUGGAAAAACAUACGCCUCUGCAUCCAUUACGUUCUUUUUCUUGUACAUGCUGAUUUUUGGAAUGUCCCUUAACUCAGUCCCAUGGGUGUACGUACCCGAGAUCCUGCCCCUGGAGGCUCGCACCAAGGGCACGGCGAUUGGUGUCAGUUCUAACUGGCUGUGGAAUUUCACCGUGGUCAUGAUCACACCGGUCAUCAUCGAUCGCAUUCAGUGGAAGGCGUAUUUGAUCUUUAUGGUGACGAACUUUUGCUUUAUCCCCAUAAUCUACUUUUUCUAUCCAGAGACCAGCAACCUUCGUCUUGAAGAUAUCGACUUGAUUUUUUCCCGGGGUGGGGAUCCCGUGAAGCGGGCUCGCGAGAUGGCAGCGGAGAUCAAGGCGUUCGGAUAUCUUCCGUCUGGACAGCAGAAUGCCGAAAAGGAUGUGAAUAGCGAUGGCGUGAAGCAUGCCUGA